AUUACGUGUUGAACAGCGGCCACGUCUCUGCCUGUCGCCACGUUUAUAUCGGCCUGUUCUAAAUUCCAACGACUAUAAACCGUCAAUAGCCGGUAGAUAUCCAUUGAACACUAAAAUAUUGAGCGACUUAAACCUCCAAAAGUGUGUGAAAAUUCAUAAGAAUGACUCGAACCAAGAGCUCAUUGAUCUCUCUGGUGCUCACCGUGUUUUUAUCAUCAGUAACAAUAAUACUCGCUUUGGAAGAGCUCAAUACAGGCAUUCUCCUCAAGAAUGUAGACAGAACGAUAGACCUUCAAUCCCAUUUAACGAAGAUAACUACGAAACUUGUGGUAGAGAAUAUAGGUAAAUCUCCGAUAAAGCAUUUCUACUUCGGAAUCGAACCUCACAAACGGGCAGGAUUGAGCUAUAUCUCUGCGCACACAAGGGACGCGAGUAGGACGGAGUUGAUUCUAUGGGAGACAAAACUUCGUGGCCAUGAGGAACAAAAUCUUUACAAGAUUGAGCUUAAAGACCCUAUCCAACCAGGUCGGACAAGCCCGGUGGAAGUAGAAACUGUCUCAACCCAUGAAUUGGAUCCGUACCCCAAGCAAAUAACCCAAAAAGAGAAGCAAUUGGUACGGUAUACUGGGAAUAUCAACGUUUGGUCACCUUACCCCGUCCAGAGGCAAACUACCAAUAUUGUUUUGCCUUCGAGAAAUAUCGAGAGCUUCACCAGGAUCAAACCAGUCUCAGUAAGUGAUACCACCAUCAUCUAUGGACCUUUAGAAAAACGUUUACCUUACACUCAAGAAGGAUUCGCUGUACAUUUCGAAAAUAGCAACAAAUUUUUAACGAUCACGAGGCUGGAGAGGCUUCUAGAACUCUCCCACUGGGGUAAUAUCGCUGUUGAGGAGACUAUUGACCUGCUUCAUACUGGUGCUCUACUGAAGGGAUCAUUCUCCAGGUACGAAUACUCCAGAGAAUCCAAAUCAGGACAGGCCAGCAUCCAAAGUUUCGACACAAUCUUACCUGCAGCUGCCUCUGAUAUUUAUUACAGAGACGAAAUUGGAAACAUCUCGACCUCUCACACUAGGGUAAAAAAAGACUCUGUCGAUGUUAAUUUGAGACCUAGAUUUCCAUUGUUUGGAGGGUGGAAGACUCAUUACACCAUUGGAUACAACGUACCCAGUUAUGAGUAUCUUUUCCAGAAUGGGGAAGAAUUUGUUUUAAAAAUGAGGGUCCUUGACCAUAUUUUUGAUGAUAUGGUGGUAGAUGAGUUGGUCCUGAAGAUUAUUUUACCAGAGGGAUCGAAGAAUCUGGAGUUGUUCCUACCUUAUGACGCUACAAGGCUAUCUGAUUCACUUCAUUAUUCUUAUUUGGAUACCUUCGGACGUCCUGUGAUUUCUGUGACGAAAAGAAAUCUCGUGGAGCACCACAUUCAGGAUUUCCAAUUAAAGUACAACUUUCCGAGGAUUCUGAUGCUGCAGGAGCCUCUACUGGUCGCGGUGGCUCUUUAUUUGUUGUUUCUCCUGGUAAUAAUUUAUGUGAGAUUGGAUUUCUCUAUUGAUAAGGAUGAAGCUUCAGAGAGUAGACUGAGAAUUGCAGGGCAGUGUGAAAAAAUUCUUGGAGCUCAGGAUAAACGAGUUACUUCUUAUAAUGAACUCGACGAGCAUCUGGUUUAUUUGAAGGCAAAUAAGGACACUGCGGCGUUUCUUUCUGCCAUGAAGUCCAUCAAUCAAGAGUAUAAGAAUGCCACUAAUACUGUGAAUGAGCUGGCGCAGAAGCUGAGAAGUGAUUCAGCUGAUGUUUAUGAGAGGAUUCAAGAACUCCAGAAAUACGAUAAACAGCUGAAGGAAUUUUAUAACCAACAACAGGCACUUUACGUAGAUAAACUGGUUCCUGGGAAGAUUAGUCGCCAGCAGUUCGUCGAUGCUGAGGGCAUCAUCACCAGGAAGAAGGAGGAAUGUGUUGAGAAGAUUAACGCUGUUGUCAAGUCACUACAUUGAGAGAUUUGAAGAGAGAUUGAAGAAAAGGAGUUAGAGCAGGGAAACACUAUUACUGAAUUUGAAUGAAAAAUAAUUUCGAGAGAAACCAUGCAGUGAAAGGGGAACAGGAGAUGGAUUUGCGUAUUAUGCUCGCAUUACUCUCGGCAUUAGAGAAAUUAUUAGGUGCAAACGAAGCGGUCAAGAAAUUGUUUUUGAUUUCUGACAUUUAUACAAAAAGGGUUUCUCAAUUAUUUCCGAAACAAUUGUUUUUGAAGACAACCGCAAAAUAAUUUGAAAAAACAUUGGAAUUUCAUGGCUGCAGAAAACAUUGUUCUGAUUGCUCAGGCACUUCGAUUCAAUAAUUUGUAAUAAAUCAUAAAGUUCUGCUAAU